CUAGGGCUGCAGUUUGUAGACUCUCAGGGAGCUUUCAAAAAAAAUUACAGGUGGAGGUCAAAGGCGUUGUAGACCCUGAAGAGAACCUCCCUGGAGUCUACCCUGCAUCUUUGGAGAGGUUGGACUUGGGGUCCAGGCACUCAACAGCACCCCUUGCCAAUCAUCUGUGCUCCCUUCCCACCCCCAGCCCAGGCCUCUUGGAGGCUCUGAGGCAAACUGGGGGCUUGUGGGGUGGGGUUGAGAAGACCUGCUGUAGUGCCACCUUUGUGACCCAGGAGCACUGUGGCUCCCCUCAUCUGUGGAGACCAAGAAAGACGCAGGAACCCACCUUGCCAGCAUACCUUUCUUGACACAAAAUGGCCACGAAGGAAGAGUCUCUGUUACCAUAUUAUACAGCCCAGAGUGGUGCUGAAGUCGGCAUGUUCAACGGCUUGUUCGACACCGCCACGGGGAAAUUACAGCAGCAGUUGCACAAAGGAGAGUAUGAUAUAUUCAAGUACGCACCGAUAUUCGAGAGCGACUUCAUCCAGAUCACCAGAUAUGGAGAAGUGAUCGACGUGCACAAUCGUGUCCGAAUGGUGACUGUGGGCAUUGCGUGCACCAGUCCCAUCCUUCCACUCCCUGAUGUCAUGCUGCUGGCCCGACCAGCACCAUUCGAUGAGCUUCUGGGACAUGGCCAGGCCACCAGCAGCAUCAAAGGCAAAAAACGCAAGGCUGGAAAGACCUUGGAGCUCACUAGGCUCCUUCCUUUGAAGUUUGUAAAGAUUUCUGUUCACAAACGUGAUCAACAACAGCUACGUCUCAAGUUUGCUACUGGCCGUUCUUGCUACCUGCAGUUGUGCCCCCCUCCCGAAAGCAAGGAUGAUCUCUUUUCCUACUGGGAAAAAUUGAUUGACCUCCUGAGACCACCUGUGGACAGUAACACCAGUACCUAUGCCAUCCCAGCAGGGGACAUGAUGAGCACACCUUUUCUGGAUGAAGAACUGAAGAUACCAAAAAAAAAAGGCAGAAGAAAAUCCGGCCACCGAAGAAAAAGAGAUCUAUACAAGAUCAGCAUCAAAAGCCUCCCCGAGGCCACCGCCACUGCCACUGCCACCGCCACUGACACCGACACCGCCAACGCCACCGCCACCGCAACCGCCACCGAUAUGAGUGCGAUCAGCUCUUCUGCUUUUGCUGGUGGGGAGGGAAUCUAUGAUUCUCACAUAUCCACUAUUGUGUCCAGGAUACCCACGCCCAAAGUAAGCUCAAAAGUCCUUGCCAGAGAGUCGGCAUCAGAGGCAAUAGUGUGUGACUUAGUAGACUCUUUGAGCUUGGCAGCAAACAUGCCUGAAGUCUUGGGACAGAUAAACAAAGCUACAGUAGGGGAGGCUGCCGUGGGAGCAAGAGGAAGCAAAAGCCAUUUGACCAUAGCAAGAGCUGGCAAAAUGUCGCCAAAGAGCAUGAAGAUUGCCUUGGCAGGGAUGGCAAGCAAGUCCUUGGAGUAUAUUCCCAGUUCACCUGCCAGCCUCUCCCGCAAAGAGAUGACUAUAGCAAAUUCCAGGAUUGAGACUACAGGAAAGUCUGUUGGAGAAACAGCAAAUGACCCAGUCCCAGUUGUCCUCGCCUUGACCUUGCCAAGCGAAAGCCACUCAAGUGAAGAGACUGGGUGUCGGAAAGCCUAUGAGACCAACACCAAAGCCCAUAAGGAAAGGAGGUCGAGAAGGGACCAGAGAGCAAAGGAAAGAGUUGGCAGCAGGAGUGAGCAGCACCAGAGGACAGGAGAAGGUCACAAGACAGCAGGGGACAAGGAGUUUCAAAAAUCAACCAGUCACAGAGGUGUUGGCGAUGACAAAAAGGACAAAGGCAGCAAGCGCAACAGGUGGCACAAAGGGGUCAGCCACGUCCCCAUCACAAAGGAGUCCCGGAGCUCUCACAAACUGUCCCGGACCAUCUCCACUGCCAGCUCUGCCUCUGCAAGCAAGAGGAUGGGCAGAAUCAGCUUGUUCCUGAGAAACAUCAGAGCCAGCUUGGGUGGAAAAAGCCUGGCACCACGUGGCCAAGAUGUGGGCAUCAUGACUAAGACAUUAGAGACGACCGACGUGAAGGCCAUCAUGGAGGCAGAGAAUGGCCAGGGCUUGGAAAUCAUUGAUUCUGUGACAUCCCAGGUCAUGGAGACAGUGACCUUUGAAGCUCAUUAAAGUAUAACUCAGAGCCAAAAACUGCAAAGGGACCCAGGGCCCAGGGCAAAUCCCUGGAAUCCACUCCAGUUUUCUCAGUGCAGUUUAAAUAAAGGACUACCUGA